UUAGAUACUGCACUUUGGCUUUAUGUCGUAUUCAUAUAUUUUGUCACAAUGUCAAAGUUGUCAGAGAGUAAAAAAAUCACAAGGCUGGCUGGCAUGCAAGAGAUCUCCGAACUAGCUAAGCUCUUAAGGAACAGUGGAGACAAAGUUUUAAGUGCCUCUAGCAAAUUAUCCCUCUCGACGAAACUGCUUCAUGACUUGAAUGAAGCGUUUUCAAUGAUCAUCAAUGAGACGGAUGACUUAGAAUGUUCAUUCCAAGUGUCUAACAGCUCGCGGAGUGAGAUUUUUAGAGAUAUCAAAUUUCUACAUGACUUGGUGCAAAAAACGAUUGGUCUCAAAAUUCAGCACAAUCCCAUUGAUCCCAAAUUUGUCGUUGACAUUACGAAAUUUAGGCAUUUAAAGUAUCUGGAGUUGCAAAAAAUAUCUAUCAACUCAGUUAAAGGAAUUCAAGGAAUCAGAAGUCAGUUGGAAUGUAUUGUCUGCUCUGGUGGACAAAGUGUCAAUAAUCUUCAUGAGUUAUUAGUUUCCUGUGGAAGUGAUGGAGGAGUAGGCUUUGUCUGGAGCUCCCUUCAUCGUUUAGCACUACCUUAUAAUGCUCUAACAAACUUAGACAAGUCCUUGGAAAACGUUCCAUUCUUAGAAACCAUUGAUCUGAGUCACAAUCUCAUUACUAGAGCCACCAAUUUUGAAUUGAUACCUAAUCUCAAACAUGUCAACCUUGGUUACAACUAUCUAGAACAUGUGCCUCUGUUCAGCAAAACCUCGAUACGUACUCUGCAAAAGCUUGUAUUAAAAAAUAAUUACAUAGAUAACAUAGAUGGCUUAGAUAGACUUGAGUACUUAACUGAGCUUGAUUUGUCCUACAACUGUUUGACUGAACAUGCGAUGCUCUGGCCACUGGAAACGAUGUCGAUGCUAAUUUGGCUGUGCUUGAGUGGCAAUCCACUUUCUCAUCAUCCUAGGCACAGGCUUCAUACUAUUAAGCACUUGCAUCCGUCACUCAGUGACAGCAAAUUUGUGUUGGAUUCGGAACCCCUCAGCAAAUCAGAGCGACUCUUCGUUUCGGAGAACCGAGUCUUCUCCCUCCGCACCUCGAUGCGCCGCCGCGAGCUUGACUCCACAACUAGCUCCAUAAACUCAAGCUGGGACCAAACUUCUUUGCCAAAAAGCCAUUAUGAGGACAUUCACAGCGUCGAGACUCGAGUAAUCGAGCCUCUGACCUCGUCUCUACAGCCUAGGGCCGCUGGUCUAAGCAAAAAACGUAGGAGCGUGCGCGAAGCCAUCAUAGCGGAGGACGAGCUGGACCGUGAGAAGCCAAAAUUAAAGCCGGGUUCGCUGAGCAGCUCCUUCCGCGAGAUGUCAACGGAGCAUUUGGAAACCAAGCGCCAGAUCCUUGCGCUGCGAGCCAAAUAUGGCGAGGAGAACUGGAUGAGGGCCCAAGCGGUCAGCCAUAUACUAGGCCUCAACACUAAACCGGCCAUUGGCAAGGACGCUUCAGGUUCAGUAUCCUCCUAUUCCUCGACUUUCGAUCAAGGCGAUCGGCUCAGCAAGAUCGGUGCUGGUGUCUCGACGAUUGUGGCGAGAUCCGCGAAUGUUGAUUGGCAGCAGCAGCAGAGCAGUGAGUUCAAGAGCGAAGAAGUAGGUUGUAGUACUGCAGAUGGAACGACGACGCAGAAGAAGACAGAGUACGAGAGCAUGGACGAAGGCAUUGUUAUUGAGACCGAACUGGAAAGCGACCUUGAGAAGAGCAGCGCGACCCUCAGAGCUGCGACCCACGUGAUGCUGGAAACCACGUACGAUCCGAAAGAAGAAGAAGGAGAUCUAUAUUUGCUGCAGAAAAAAAAAGGUCCAGAUGACUAUGACAUGAUUUUCUUGGUCAUAACACCUGAAGAAAUCAAGGAAAGAGAUUCUCUGAAUGGGAAAAUAAAUUACCGUUGGGCGACCAAUACUGUCCUAUCCUGCGUUUUAGGAAGAAGUAUACCGACGACGAUCGAUAUUACUUUCGAUACGAUGCGAAAAGAUCGUGCUUCGAGAACCUAUUUGGCGGAGCUUGAAGACGCUAAGAAAAUCGCCCAAACCCUAAACGAGAUGAUAAGGACUCAGCCAAUUAUGCUCAAGAUUUUCAAGUGCAUGAAAUGCUCAACUCACUUUUCUCAAGAUAGUGAUAGCAAUGCAGUGACUAUUCAGACUGUUGGUGCAAUGCUCAAAUGCCCGACCUGCAAAAGUACACUAGUUAUCCAAACGGAUGAUCUGCUGACACCGAUUUUGGAGCCCCCAGUGAAAAUUGAAAAAGCAAAUGUUGAAUCUCAAGAGGAGGUUCCGACAGAGCCACAACUGUUCCACUCUAGUUCACAAUCCAGUAUCGGUUCAGCAACAAGCCUUGAAGAGUCUCGAGAGUCAACACCUUCGACUAGAACAGUGGCUAAGAAGUAUGAAAGUGACAUUGAAAUCCUUAGUAAUCCCAGUCAGAGUAGUAUCGAAGUACUUGAUGAUGGUUCCAAGUCGAUAACUCCACGCAGAAAGCGCUCAUCUGAGGAGAGGAAAGUCGCCAUAGCACCAGCAUUAGUAACAAUACCAGAUACCAAUCUUGUUAUGGCGGGACUGACCGAAAGUAGCUCAUCAGGUUCAUUGACUGACAGUGUGUGUACCGCUUAUGAAAAAACAGCCGCUAAUAAGUUAUCCGAUAAGAGUGAAAUGUUCAACAGCAGAGGCGGCACCGACAGCGAUGCAGAAACCAUCAAACCUGAGACUCUGGCCGAGUUGGAGAGCAGCUUUGCUCCCAUGACGAAUCUCACCACAAUGCUAGGUGAGCUGCUUCAGAGCAUGAAAAUUGGCACGGUUAAGGAUGCGACCUCAAAGUCCGAGGAGAGCUCCGAGUUCAUCAGCAGCAGUAUACAGUACUCUUACACGGACUUUAGUAACGUGGACCACAGAAUCAAGCUCCACAUCAUACUGAACGUCUUUGAGCACGAAAACGAAGAUCUUGUUCUCUUGUUGCGCGCUGACAUCUUGACUCGCAUCUCCAUGAACACGUUUCCGGGAUGCUUGGUCAUGUCGACUGCUAAAGUGUACAUUUUAAAAAUAACUGGACCUGAAGGAGAAGAUCCGCAACGCUGGCUGCACAAGGAAGCUAGCUGGACGAUAGACCGACUAAGAUGCUUUGCCCCACUGCCAUUUAAACAAGGCGUGCUAGUCGAGCUACAGCAUCCCAAUAAGCCCGGGGAGGGCGUCAACAACAAUCUAGUCGUAUGCAUUCUUCAAGAUUUUCAGAGGACGUCGAAUUUUUUGUUCUAUCUGACAGAUUCUCCGCUACCCGCCAGCUGUGAGGUCGAAUUCAUAGUACCACAGAAUUGUAAUACUUCCAUGAAGGACAUUUUAAAGUCUUCCAAGAGCCACAGGGAAAACGACUCUGUGCGCCUGCUAGCGCUCUUUUCGUCGGCCGUUCUUACAUUAUCAAUCGACACUGUCAAGCUCAAAGUAUCCAGUUUGAUCGUUACUCAAAAUAAUUUGAUCGUCACUCAGGACAAGAUCGAUUGGCUCUUAUCGGAUAACAGUGACAAACUACCGACCAUAGCUUCCGAGCAGGCCAUGAGUAAUUUGAUCGAAGUGAACUUUAAUGGGUCCAAACUGACUCUCAGUUUUCUGGACGAAGUAGCGGGUGCUGAGGCGAUCUGGUGCUUAAGCUUCGUGUCGCCUGGCGCAGCCGAGACCGUGAUAAAUUCGAUUCGUCCACCCUGGGAGGAGAUGUUCUCGGUACCGCUUCAGGUGAUCAAUAGCGAUGCCACUGCAGCUCUGCCAAUCGAGCACAUAUGACGACAAAACCAGAGUGUCUACGUCGAGCUUAUUCGGCUCGUCAUUGUGCACAAUAUUGUUCACAUCAAGCGCUUCAUUCUCACUUGUGUCAUGUAUGUCUACUUGCUGUGCAAUCUCGCCGGAAAUGAGUUUGCGUAUAAGAAGGGACACUGAGUUGGAAUUAACGUUUAUGGUAAUGAGACAUCCAUCCUAACACUUAGUGCUUCUUGAGAUUUCAUUUAUUUUUUUUUUUUAAUUGUUCAUUGACUUUAUCAAAUUUGCGCGCGUACACGUAUGUGUAUGUGUGUGCGUGCGCGUAGGGAUAGGUGUAAAUUUUUUAAUACUAAUUCUAUUUGAAAAAUGUGUUAAAUGAAUUUACGAGUACAAUUAUUUGUAUAUACCAGUGGCCUGAAAAGUAAAUAUUUCCGUCUGCGGAGCGGACAUAUCCCGGGGAUAUAUUCACUUGCUAGCCGCUGAGGCACGAAAAAUUGUAUACUCACCACGGCUGAAAGUAAAGAAGCCUCAGAUCAUCCGUCCGUGUAUCGACAAUACACAGACGAUCAAAGAGUUUCCUUACUUUUUUGGCCCAGGUGCAUAAUGUACUGUAUAAGGAAUUGCAAAUAACUAUUACAAAUUAUCUAUUAAAAGACCAUUAUUUUUCUUAUAAUAAUACUCGAUUAUAUUCUUAUAAUAAUAUAAUACUCGAAGCGUGAUAAACAAAUUCGAAUUAAUUAGAUGUAGGUAUAACUUAAAAAAUAUUGAUGCAUAUUUUUGAAAAAGUCUAUUUCUAAUUAAUCUGCUGUUAUUUACUGUUUGUUGAAGGUUCAUGAAAUAUCUUAGAUAUAGUGAUUCCUACGAAGUUACUAUCUUGCAGAACUGCUAUAUCCUGAAAGAUACAUUUUUUUAUAAGUCAUGCGAAAAAAUUGCGUGCCUCUAAAAUUUAUUUCAAAGCUAAUAAUCAAAUUAUUUGAAAACAAAAUUUUCAAAUAUGUACCCACGCAACACUAAAAUGUUUGCACAGUUUAAUUUAUUUGCUAACAUAUACGUACUAUUAAUAGGCUGUACUAUUACUAAAUAAAUGCUUACAUUAAAAAAGAAGGGUCGAUGCAAUAAAUAUCAAUGUGAAAAAUUAUUGUACAUGUAAAACUAAUAAUUUAUACAUAAAAUUAAAUAUACUAGCCUAAUUUACAUACAGGCAAGCAAAGAAGCAAUCAAUGCUGUAACGAUGUGAUUCUGUGAUAGUUUCUGUCUUAGUCAACUUGUAAAAUAUAAAUAAAAUGCAAAAAACUGGAAAAAAAAACAAUCAUCAACAAAUCACAAUGUAGGCAUAAAAAACGUGUGCCUGCAUGUUACCCAAAGGUUUAUAGGGUAUGAAAAACACAUGCAUGCUGACAGUAAAAAUAUAAUUUUUCAAGAUUUAUUUUUCUAACAUAUUUAAAAGCUCCCCUUACACUACUGAUUAGUACUCUCAGGCUAUUUAAAAUUUAGGAAUAUUGCAAUUAUGGAAGUAUGACGUGUCUGUAAAUAUAUCUUAAACUAAUUGCAACAAAUUUUGUUAAAUUUAUGAAUAGUGGUUUGAACUUUGAAUAACAUCUCAUUAAUUAACAAUAGUAUUAAAAAAAAAAAAAA